GGAGCGCGAGCGCGGCGGGGCCGGGAGCGGCGGCACCGGGAACGGCGGCACCGGGAGCGGCACCGGGAGCGCAAGCGCGGCUCGGGCUCGGGCGGAGCGGAGCGGCGGGAGCAUGGACAUGGAGAGGCGCUUGACGCUGGAGCUGCGCAACAGGAAGCCGAGCGAGGUGAAGGAGCUGGUGCUGGACAACUGUCGCUCAGAGGAUGGCAAGGUGGUCGGCCUCUCCUCAGACUUUGAGAACCUGGAGUUCCUCAGCAUGAUCAACAUCAACCUGCUGUCCGUGUCCAGCCUCCCCAAACUCAACAAGCUCCGGAAGCUGGAGCUGAGUGAUAAUAGGAUUUCUGGUGGCCUUGAAGUUCUAGCAGAGAAAACUCCCAACCUGACACACUUGAACCUAAGUGGCAACAAGAUCAAAGACAUCAAUACCCUGGAGCCCUUGAAAAAGUUGCCAAACCUCCACAGUCUGGACCUGUUCAGCUGUGAGGUGACGAUGCUCAUCAACUACCGGGAGAGCGUCUUCGCCCUCCUGCCCCAGCUCACCUACCUGGAUGGCUUCGAUGCUGACGAGCAGGAAGCCCCUGACUCAGACCCUGAAGCAGAUGGGGAUGCACUGGAGGAUGAUUAUGAGAAUGGAGAAGAACGUGAGGAAGAGGAGGAUGAUGAGGAAGAAGACGAUUUGGAUGAAGAAGUCAUUGAUGAUGAGGAAGAUGAAGACGAUGAUCUGGAAGGUGAAGAGGAGGAGGAUGGAGUAGAUGAUGAGGAGGAAGAUGAGGAGGAGGAUGGUGAGGAGGAUGAAGAAGAUGAAGCUGAGGAAGACCACCCGUGUGGGCAGAAGAGAAAACGAAGUCUAGAGGAUGAAGGAGAGGAAGAUGCAGAGGAUGAAGAGGAUGAUGAGGAUGACUGAUCCCAGCGAGCCAAUCAGUUUUACAGACUCUGUGCUUGUCUUAACCUCCCCGUUGUGUCUGUGUGAGACUGUAAAUCCCUGUCUCCCACUCCUCCUCCUCCCCCUUUGUAAUGGCUGCAGCGUCCACAAUAUAUUUUUUUAAGAUUUAGAAUACUGUAGGCAUUCAGGGGAAUCUUCCAUACAAGGCUCACUUUUUUUCUCACAACUAUCUCAUGACCAAAGGCUUUUCUCCGUUCGGUGGUUUGUGCAGCAGCUUAAAAAAAAAAAAAAAAA